GACAGAGGCAUCAUUCUGGGAAGUAGGCUAGCAUUUAUGUCUCCGGGAAUGUGCGUGAAUUCAUCCAGAUUCACCGCCCACACUCGCGGGAAAGAGAUCCGACAGACCGACCGGAUCAGAUCGGUUCUUCCACUACACAAUUAAAAGUUGCUGAAACUCCACCAAACUCUUCCAGAUCCCCUGAACUAUCAGCGGGAUACACGCUUCAGUUUAGCAUGACAUGCUGAGAGUUUCAGGCCGGGCAGCAAUCAUGCACAUCAAACUCAACUUGUCCUUUUUGACCCUCAUAUGCCUUUUUAAAGACACGACCCCAUGUUUAAUGAUCAGCGAGGUGAAUUGUGACAACCCCAAACUGGACACUCAGGAAUUUGUGGAGCUCUACUAUGACGGGACGAACCCUACUUCACUGGACGGAUACACACUUGUGUUUUAUAAUGGCAAUGGUGAUGUGGCCUACCGGGUUAUUGAUUUAAAAGGACACCACACAGAUCAGAGAGGUUUUUUCCUGGUAGGAUCUGCUGAACUAAAUCCCCGUCCUGCCAUCUCUCUCCCACCAAACUCUGUCCAAAACGGGCCUGACGCCAUCGCUCUUUACGGACCCAAUUGGGCACCAGUUCCUGAAGGAGGACACGUUUCAGGAGUCGGAUUGGUGGAUGCUAUUGUAUACACUUCUCGUAAAUCCUCUGAAGGCGCUGAUGGUCUUGCGUCAGUUUUGACUCCCGGUUCGUUUCCAUACUUAGAGGAUGAAUCGGCUCUGGAAGGGGACGAGUCUAUUCAGCGCUGCUGGGAGUCUGGAAACCUCUGGACGUUUUCCACUGGUGCUCCUACACCCGCGUGGGUCAAUCACUGCCCUCCGCCGACCCCUGGACACAUCUGGAUCAGUGAAGUGGAUAUUAGCGGGUCAGAGCGGAAGGGUGUUGUGGAGCUCAGUGUCGGGAAGGCAAAUGGAUCCUUCACUUUGGUGCUUUAUGACGUGACUACGGAUCUGAUUAGCUUGAGUGUUGAGUUCAGCACUAAAGAAGCCGGAAUCUACACCAUACCUGUGAAUACUGCUGCUUUGACAGUACCACAAACUGCAGCAUUGGCGUUGUAUAAAGGCUUAGCAUCAGGCUUCCCUAAGGACGGCCCCCUCAGCCACGAGCAGCCAAUGGAUGCCUUCGUUUAUGGUGACUCUUCACACAUGCCUGGAAACAACCUGACAGAGACACUCAUACCAGGGAGAAAAGCCUUCAUGCUCGCAGAAAGUUUCCUCACAGGAGGUGUUCAUGCCAGUCGAUGUGGUGUCGCCGAAUGGACGAGAGAUCCAGGACUGUUUGUGUCGAGACCCAGAAGUCCCGGAAAAGCCAAUGACUGUGUUUGGUUUCAGUCCUGUCCGCUUAACAUGACCUCUUUUAAAGGGUCGGGACACAUCCAGCCCCCGAUUCAUAGCCAUAUUGACUUCCUGCUGAACGAGAUCAACACAGAUUCACCUGGAGCAGCCGAGGAUGAGGAGUUUAUAGAGUUGUGGCAUCCGUCCGGCUCCCGUAUGUCACUGGAUUUCAUCUGGGUGGUGAUGAUCAAUGGACACACUGGACUGGUGUAUUAUGAACUGGAGCUGAACGGAUAUUACACUGAUGAUGACGGAUAUUUCCUGAUCGGCAGCUCUAAGGUGGCCCCUGAAAUCAGAAUCCCAUCUAACACUAUUCAGAAUGGACCAGACGCCGUAGCCUUGUACCGCAGCAGGGCUCCUCCAUCUCAGGAAGGUCUGGAUAUCCCGGUCAGUGGUUUGCUGGAUGUAGUGGUUUACCGCACGCGUGGCUCUGAUAAGAGGGUCGCUGAGCUGACGGAUGCUCUGACUCCAGGACAGCUCCCUCUGCUGGAGGACAUCAGCGCUUUCGCCACAGACGAGACGCUCAGCCGCUGCAGCACCAGCACACGCAACCUCAGCGCUUUCAUGGUCGCGUCUCCAACACCGAGGAAGCCAAAUGCGUGUCCUCCGCAAGCCCCCGGGGGUCUGAUCAUCAGUGAAUGGAGUGGGUUUUCUGAAAAUAACAGAUCGCAAGCCUGCUGGUUUGUGGAGCUGAGCGGCCCGCCAUCCACCCCUCUGAACAGACUGAUUCUGGUGUUUUUCGGAGAAGAUGCUCAACUCUGGAGCGUCCCGAUCAGCGGCAGCACAGGAGCGGACGGCAUGUAUCUGAUCUCCAAUGAUUCUAGAGCUGAUCAGGGUUUGCCGGUGCUCGGUCGUGUUGCUGCAGUGCUGUUGUGUUUCGAGCCGUCAGGAUCAGGCGUUUAUGGGAGCAAAUCCAUUCAUUUGGACUGGCUGAUUUUUUCAGAGGACCCAAAGAUACUAAAAACUGUCCAGCACAACACAACCCGCUUCAUAUUCACACCCUUCAGUGCGCUGUCUUUAUCUCGAUGUGCAUCAGAAGGGCCUGAACUCUGGAUCUCGUCUCCAUCCACUCCACGUCUCCGGAAUCACUGCCCGGAUCUGGCCUUUUCCAGCGCUGUGGAUUUGUGUUUACAGCCAGACGAUCAAUACUGGCACAGAGACACCCACAAUUGUGCACAGGAUGGAUUUGCAGUUUUAUUGGAGCAGUUGUGUAACUGUGGGAUCUCAGGCUUACAUGUUAAAGAUGUGAAUGUGUCCUGUGAAGCUGCUCAGUUGUUCGCACACGGAUCUGUUCUUGCCGUUUCUGACCAACAGAGGGAGCAAAUCACUCAAGCACUGAACAACAACAAGCUUGAGUGUUCAUCCGCACAUGAGCGACAGGUUCAUGGAGCGGGGUCAUCAGUGGCGCUUCAGGUUGGUCUUGUAAUCGCGGCGCUUCUGCUUUUCGCUCUUGGUGCUGCUCUCUUUAUCUACUUGUACAAAAAAAGGCGUCCUGCCGACUACCUCUCCAUGCAGCUGAGUGAACAGGCCGAGACGCCGCUCGAUCUCUAGUGUGUGUGUGUGAUUGUGCAUGUGAGUGUGAACGCAUUUUUGCAGGAUCAUAAAUGUUUAUUUUUUUAAAAACAAAGAUGAAUGUUUUUACAGGAGAUGAAAGCAGGCAAAAAAUCUCACUAUUUCAUUAUGCAAUUUUGACGUUCCGAAGAUUUUAUUGAAACGUUUAGAAUCUUUAAUGUUUUAUCAAAUGUUUCAGAAGCAUUCUAUUAUUGAAUUCAGGUGGUUUAUUGUUGAGGUGUUUAGAGCUGUGGCAAAAAAAAAUGUUUGAAAAUUGAUUCUCUGAAAAUUGUUUCAAUUUUUCUAAUUAUUUGAGUUUAGUUUUUAAAUAACAGACAGCGCUCUAGGCUAGUUUUUAACAGCAGACAGCGCUCUAGGCUAGUUUUUAACAGCAGACAGCGCUCUAGGCUAGUUUUUAACAGCAGACAGCACUCUAGACUAGUUUUUAACAGUUGAUUGCACUCUAGGCUAGUUUUAAACAGGAGACGUCGCUCUAGGCUUGUGUUUACCAGCAGACGGUGCUCUAAAAUAGUUUUUAACAGUAGAUGGUGCUUGAGGAUAGAUUCUAACAGCAGACGGUGCUCUAGGCUAGUUUAUGACAGCAGAUGGUGCUCUAGGCUAAUUUUAACAGCAGAUGGCACUCUAGGCUAGUUUAUAACAGCAGAUGGCGCUCUAGGCUAGUUUAAAACAGCAGAUGGUGCUCUAGGCUAGUUUAUAACAGUAUGUGACGCUCUAGGCUAGUUUUUAACAACAGAUGACGCUCUAGGCUAGUUUAUAACAGCAGAUGGCACUCUAGGCUAGUUUAUAACAGCAGAUGUCACUCUAGGCUAAUUUAUGACAGCAGAUGGUGCUCUAGGCUAGUUUAUAACAGCAGAUGGUUCUCUAGAUUAGUUUAUAACAGCAGAUGCCGCUCUAGGCUAGUUUAUAACAGCAAAUGGUGCUCUAGGCUAGUUUAUGACAGCAGAUGGCGCUCUAGGCUAAUUUAUAACAGCAGAUGUCACUCUAGGCUAAUUUAUGACAGCAGAUGGUGCUCUAGGCUAGUUUAUAACAGCAGAUGGUUCUCUAGAUUAGUUUAUAACAGCAGAUGCCGCUCUAGGCUAGUUUAUGACAGCAGAUGGUGCUCUAGGCUAGUUUAUAACAGCAGAUGGCGCUCUAUGCUAGUUUAAAACAUCAGAUGUUGCUCUAAGCUAGUUUAUAACUGCAGAGGGCGCUCUAGGCUAAAUAAUGACAGCAGAUGGCGUUCUAGGCUAGUUUAUGACAGCAGAUGGCGCUCUAGGCUAGUUUAUAACAGCAGAUGGCGCUCUAGGCUGGUUUAUGACAACAGAUGGCGCUCUAGGCUGGUUUAUGACAGCAGAUGGUGCUCUAGGCUAGUUUAUGAAAACAGAUGGCGCUCUAGGCUAGUUUAUAACAGCAGAUGUCACUCUAGGCUAAAUUAUGACAGCAGAUGGCGUUCUAGGCUGGUUUAUGACAGCAGAUGGCGCUCUAGGCUGGUUUAUGACAGCAGAUGGCGUUCUAGGCUGGUUUAUGACAGCAGAUGGCGCUCUAGGCUGGUUUAUGACAGCAGAUGGCGCUCUAGGCUGGUUUAUGACAGCAGAUGGCGUUCUAGGCUGGUUUAUGACAGCAGAUGGCGCUCUAGGCUAGUUUAUGACAGCAGAUGGCGCUCUAGGCUGGUUUAUGACAGCAGAUGGCGCUCUAGGUUGGUUUAUGACAGCAGAUGGUGCUCUAGGCUAGUUUAUGACAGCAGGCGGUGCUCUAGGCUAGUUUAUGACAGCAGACGGUGCUCUUGGCUAAUUUGUAGCAGGUUUUAAACUCUAGAGAUGAUACAGAAUCAAUUUCUCAAACUAUUUUUCGCCACAACUCUAGUUGUUUUAGUGGUUAGUAGUUAAAGCCAUUCCAAACACACAAUAUUAGUUGUUUUUGAGUAGAGAUAAAAUACCACUUUGCAUUACAAGCACAGGCGUGACAGAAAUGUCAUGCAUUAUGUCUCUCAAAGCACAAUAUGUUGUUAACAUUUUAAUAUUGAUUUAACAUAAAAAUAAAUUGAAGUCAUCGUUUUUUAAUUAAAACAUGUUCAUGUUUCCAUUAGAUUUAAAUUCUUAGCAAAGUGAUGACAAAUUUUAUCAGUAUUUUUCAUCCUAGCGUUUGCCAUUUCCAUCAUGUUGACUUAAAGGGGGCCUAUUAUGAAACAAAACCCUUUAAUAAAAGGGUUUAAACACUGUUGUGUAGCAACAGCAUGUGAAUAUAACCAGCUUUUAAUGGUGCAAAUGUAUUAAUUACAUUGUGUAUGAUCACACAAGUCUGCAAAAACACUUUGAUUGACAUUCUCUCUUUGUAUGUGUCAUCAGACAGGGAAAACCCCGCCCAUUACUGACCAUCUCUCCCUCAUUAGCAUAGUUGUUUUUAAAUCUGCCACCAUGCUGACACACAGGCAGUUAAGCCCCGCCCUCUUUCGAAAAGAGCAUAAUCUAAUUAGAAUUUAAAGCAACAGUCACCGAAACGGUACAGUUAGGAUCAAAGCCUAAAAUGGGUAGCUUCAAAGAGCUGUAAAACAUUAUCUGUGUGGUAUUUUGAGUAGAAACUUCACAUACACACUCUAGGGACAUCAAAGACUUAUUUGACAUCUUGUAGAAAGGAGUAUAAAAGGUUCACUUUAAAAGCGACAAUAUAUAUUUAAAAUACGACGUAAACCCAUUGUAACUUAAUUUUUAUAAUUAUUUUAUUAUUAGGCAACAGGUUUACUCACUUUUUAAAGUAAAGUCAACUUAUUAUUUUAAAAGCAACAGGUUUACUCACUUAUUUUAAGUAAAACAUUGUAAAAGAUGCUUUUAGUGCAAUUUUAUGCUGUAUUUUACAAUUUUGCCGAUUAAAUGCACUGUCUCUUUUUGAUACAGGUUCUCAGUGUCUUUUCGCAGGCGUUGUGUUUGUUUGACAUGUAUCACAUGUUUGCAUCUGCAGAGUUUUAUCAGCUGUUUUAUCAGGGUCAUCAGAUCAGUGAAUGUUUGACCUAGCAGUGUUCUCUCAGCUUAUUUACAUUCUCAUUCAUUGUGUUGAUGUUUAAUAUUAAAAGGGACCUAUUAUGCAAAAAUCACUUUUAUAAGGGGUUUAAACACAGUUGUGUGGCAGCAGUGUGUGAACAUAGUCAGUAUCUAAUGGUAAAACAUUAGUAAUUCUAUUUGUAUAAUCACACUUGAUAAAAACAGCCUGCAGAAACACUUUGAUUGACAUUCUCCCUUUGUACGUGUCAUCAGAGUGGGAAAGUCCCGCCCAUUAGUGACCAUCUCUCCCUCGUUAGCAUAAACAGCCCUAAGUGAGAAGCAGUUAGUUUUUCCACCAUUAGUUUUCACCUGCUGAAGACAAUGCUUUGUUCUGAAACACUUCUUUUCACAUUGAAUGAAAAGAACGCCCACUUUUGAAAAGAGCCCAAUCUCAUUUGAAUUUAAAGCGACAGUCACCAAAAUGGCACAAUUAGGAUCAAAGCCUAAAAGGGUCAGAUUCAGAGAGUUAUAAAACAUUAUCUAUGUGGCAUUUUAAGCUGAAAUUUCACAUACGCAAUCUAGGGAUAUCAGAGAUUUAUUUUACAUCUUGUAAAAAGGGGUGUAAUAGGUCCCCUUUAAAUCUUAGAUAGACUAUUGUGUCACUGAAUUCUGGUUGAAGGAUGAGUCCGCUCUGCAUGUUUCUGAGAACUGUAAAAACCCACACAGGAAAUAAAGGCGACAAGGUAUAAUGUUGAUGAUCAGGUUCUUGUCAGAAUGCAAAUGAUUAAUUGCAACACGUCUGCUCAAUUGUGUUCAUUUUGAAGAGUCUUUUUUUUGUAUUUUGGAGCGGUUUCUCCAAACUUAAAUGCAGUUUGCCAAUGUUUUGUUCUCACUGAUUGCUUUUAGGGUUUUUGUAUGUAAUUGAUUUUGGAUUCAGUCUUUCAUCAUUGAUUUGUGACGAUCAGUCUUGUGUACAUUUGUUGGAGGAAUCCUUCUGAAAUGGUACAGUCAAAAUAAAUGUUUUAAUGUUGAUGUUGA